UCCGCGGUCACCCCGCCACCAUGGGGGCAGCGUCCCCCCGAACCGGGCUGCUCCUGGCUGCCCUCUGCCUGCUCGCUUCCCACGGAGGGGCAGCAGCUUUCCUGAUCACCACCCCGUACUCGCUCUGCGUCUGCCCCGAGGGCCAGAACGUCACCCUGACCUGCCGGAUCAGCGGCCCCCUGGCCGAGCGCCACGACCUGCUGUACAAAACCUGGUACUUCAGCAGCACGGGGGACCAGAGCUGCUCCGACAAGCGGCACAUCCGCAACGUCACCGAGAAGGAGCUGCACCACGACCUCAGCAGGCACCACGAACUGCCGGGCAACAGCUCCCAAAAAUCCCCCCUCAGGCGGCAAAGCAGCCACCACGGUGUGGAGUUUGUCCCUGACCACCACGGCGCCUUCCACAUCGUGGUGAUGAACCUGACGCUGCAGGACAGUGGGAAUUACUGCUGUUACGCCGUGGAGCUCAGGCGGGAAGGUCACAGCAAGCCCCACACCAGGCAGGUGGCUCACGGCUUCGUGGAGCUGCAGAUCCAGCAAGGCAAAGGGGAACUUCAAAACUGCACAUUUCAUACUGCCACCAGCAAAGAUAUCACGGCUGCCACACUGGCCACAGGCACCUGCAUCGUGGGCAUCCUCUGCCUGCCCCUCAUCCUGCUCCUCAUUUACAAGCAGCGACAAGCUGUCAGCAGCAGACGUGCCCAUGAGCUUGUCAGGAUGGAUAGCAGCGCCCAGGGCAUUGAAAACCCCGUGUUCGAGGCGGUGCCGUCGGCGAGUGUGGAGCCCCGGCCCCGGCCCCAGCUCUCCUAUGUGGCCAGCAGGCUGCCCUCUGAGUCCGGCCGGCAUCUGCUCUCGGAGCCCAACACCCCCCUGUCACCCCCUGGUCCCGGGGACUGCUUCUUCCCGACCCUGGAUCCUGUUCCCGACUCACCAAAUUCCUUGAAAGCCUAAAGACCCCAGAGGAAGCCACAUCCUGCAGACCACACCAUGCUCACCAAGACAAUACACCCCAGAGGGUGGCAGGGCCAGGGGCAGCAAAGCCUUAAGAAAUGAAGCUGUGUGCAGGAUCCCUGCCCUUGUCUCCCAUCCUGCCACUGCCCUGGGACUGGAAGUGAACCUCUCUUCCUCGGAUUUCAAUUUUUAACUACCUGUUUCCUUGGAUAAGUGCAUGGCUCUGUACUGCUCACAUUUUACAGACUAGCUGAAAAGUUGAGGAUGUGGAGAUGGAAGGAUGUUGUGCACCUGCAGACUUCCCUGAGGAUUAACUUAUUGCCAGGGUUUAAGCUCUGCAACAUCAACACAUUUCUGGAUCCUUGACUGAACAUCCUCUCUGGGAGUGGAUGGUAAAAUAUUUUAUUCAGCAUGGAACAAAACAGGAUCACCAGCCAACCUUGUACUACCUUUCUCUUUGCAAAACAGGAAGGGGAGAGGCUCCCUGCUGCCACCAGAGCCUUCUUUCCUUACCAGCCUUUUAAAAUGGCCAUGGACUUGUGAUGCUGCUGCCUUUUCAGCAGGACACAUGUUGGGAGGAGCCUUAUUUCUGCUGCAGUUUUAUCCUUGGCUUGGGAUCAGGGCACUUUAUCUUUCUGUUUGUUUCACUAUCAGUGCUGAUUAAAAGGAAAAAAGGA